AUAAUCUCCUCCAGUCCCGUCCAUGUCAAUGUAAAUGAGGUAGAAGGAAGACUGUGAAUCUUCUUGUAAGAAGUCCGUGUGAAAGCCCCAUGGCGAUUAGUGCUGGGCUUCACCCACCACAUCCUGUGCACCUUCCUGCCCUACUGGACUCAGUCUCCACCCAGCUGCUCCACAUUCGCCUGGUAGGAUCAGUGCUAUGACCUCUACACUCACUGCCCUGCUCUACCUCGGGCUGUUCCUGAGCCAGACCGUCAGGACCGAGAAGCAGAAUCUUUCAAAACCCAUCAUCUGGGCCAAGCCAGAUUUCAUGAUUCCGAAGGGAAAGCAGGCACUUAUCUUCUGCCAGGGGACUCCUGAGGCUGUGAAGUACCAGCUGUAUUUCGAGGGACACCUCUUUCUUCAGCAGAGCCCAAAGCAACUUGGAAGGAGGAACAUAGCCAUGUUCCACAUCCCAGCCAUGACCCCACUCACUGCAGGGCAAUACAAGUGCAUUUACCGAAGCAAGAAGCUCUGGUCAAACCCGAGUGACCCUCUGGAUCUGGUGGUCACAGAAUUGUAUGACACGCCCACCCUCUCUGUCCAUCCUGGGCCUGAGGUGACCUCAGGAGAGAACGUGAGCUUCUACUGUCAGCUGAGCACUGCAACAAACAAGUUCUUUCUGCUCAAGGAGGGACAAUCCCCUCACCUUCAGCACAGAUACGGGAACACCCAGGUGGAGUUCCCCAUAGGUCCUGUGACCACAGCCCACAGAGGGACGUACAGAUGUUUUGGCUCUUAUAACAACCAUGCAUGGUCCUUUCCCAGUGAGCCUGUGAAGCUCCAGGUCGCAGAAGAUUUUGGGGACAUGAGCCUUGCACCCACAGAGCACACCUCUUUUUCUGACUAUUGGGAUCUUGACUUGGUAACCACAGAGGCAGAAUUCCAGCAAGACCUUGCCUCCUGGGAUCACACUGCCCAGAAUCUCCUUCGGAUCAUUCUGGCUUUCCUGGUCCUGGUGGCACUCAUGUGCCUCCUGGCUGAAGACUGGCUUUGGAGGAAGAGGGCACAAGAGAAAGCCAACGGGGCUUCAAGUCAGGAACACAGGAGAAGGUUCAGAGACGCCUGAACAAAUGACCAAGAGAUGUGCUGGUCCCAGGUGUUCACGGACCAAGGACAUCUGUUGAUACUAAAUCAUAAUGUUCUUUAUCCCAAGACAUGACGGACUUCUUUGGAGUAUGUUUAUGACAUCCCAGAUUUUCCAUAUUCUAACCUGUGGUAGGAAACCUACAGUUUCAAGGGGGGAAAAAAGGUGUAAGAUAGAAGAAUUUUGGGUCUCCAGAUGUUAAGUGCGGGGGCCUGAGAGCCUCCUCAGAGAGGUGGGGGGGGGGUCUUUUCCACACAAGGCUGUUCCCCUCACUCAAAGUCUUCCAAAACUGGCCAACAGGAGUAGACCGGGUGGUUAAGUAGAACAUUACUCUUCUUGAAAUGUUAACCCAGUUUGUAUUCCAGACAGCAAAAUGAAGCAUGGGGAGGGACGGAGGGAGGGAAAAGUAGAGGAAGUACCGGCCAAUUGUUUGUCAUGGAGAUUUAUUGGAAACACUCAAAAAACACUCCCAUUAUUUCUCAGUGGUUAGAACCUAAUAGCUUGCCCCACUUGGAUACAAGGGAGGCUGAGAAAGAUAGAUUUUAUUUCAGGCAUCUCUGUGACAAGAUAAAUAGUGGCAUUCCUAUGACCAAUGGAGUGAGGAGGGACGUGACAGAGUUGUGAUAGGCAGCAGCAGUCUCUUUGACAAGACCCUACUAUGUGCUGGGCACUGGUGAAAUGACCACAUCCCUGGGCUGAUUGUCCAGGAGAGCAGAUCUUCAAGAGAGUGAGUAAAUGCAGUGAAAGUGUUUCAGUUGGGAUCGAAGAACUACAGGAUGUUAGUGGAGCUUCUUUUAUGCAAAACUCCAUUCUGUAGAGACAUUGAGGCAGGCAUACAGAGGAAUGGGGAUGACGGUGGCAGGUGUCCUCACCAAUUCACGCUGAGACUCACAGGCAGGACAGAGGGUGAAAGCACAAUGUGUAAGUAGAGUUUUGAGCCUGGGUGACGCUGGGUGCACCACGCCAAGCACAGCCAUGGAAGCCACAUCUUAAAUGCCCAUUUCUUCCUUCAGGCUAAGGGAGCUCAUUGAGCGCUUUGAUCAUGGCUGUAGUAAGAUGACUUGUGCACUGCAGAAAGACCCUUCCAGUGACAGAGAGAAGGGAA